CCUCUUUCUUCCAUUACGAAUUGAACUAAUCAACAGGGGUGCACAAUGAACAUCCCCUAGUCUAACCCCAACAAUCUUUAAGCUUUGCCAACUGCAGCAUGAGAAUAACCCCGCCGGCAAGGAUGUAGUGGCCAUCCCUGCUUUUCUGGACAACCAUUUGCUGCAAUGCAAUGCAUGCAUGUAUGGAAAUAGAUGGUCCACCUUGUCACUCAGGCAAAGCUGACAGAAAUGCUCUGAUUGCUGAUAUAUAUGCGAGCGCACAGACAAGAGCAAGGCCGGCGUUUAUUAAUAUGACGCUAUAGUUAACCCCCAAAAGCAAUUUUGUUCUUUAUGAAAAAAUAUAUUGAAAAAUGAAAAUAAGAGAAAGAAAAGGGAAACAAAAACAAAAGCAAAGAGUCCCUAAACCCACCUGUCAUCUUCUUCCCCCAUUUCCCUAUCUUACUACGUUACACCACAGCAUGCAGUUCACCCUUUAUGGUUCUUUCCUGCUGCCUGGCCUGCGUGGUGCAUUGAAAGGUGUUGUUGAUAACACCGAGGGUUCCCUGUGGGUACUGUAUGUACAUACAUACAUACAUACGCCACUAGAAUCUCCACCGUUGCACAUAUUUAUUAUUUCAUCAUCUAUCUUCGGUUCGUGGCUAUUGACAGUUGCUAUGGUAUGACCGUUUUUUUCUUUUUCUUUUCCCCCUUUUUAUUUGUUUGCUUCCCGUGAAUACCGGUCGGGUCGGUCCUUGCUUAUCCUACACUUUUUCGGGUACUCCACAAUCGAAGUUAAUCUAGGGUGUGGUAUUCAAUUAAUAGUAAGCCUCCUUGUGAGCUUGGACGUUAGGCAGUUGAUUGGUAUGUUGUACAUGGUACUUUUACUUUAUCUUCUUCUUCCUCCCCCCCUUUCCUCGUUGAUCAACUCUUAUUCAGGGAGAUGAAUAUCUCCCUUCUAACGGUUGACAUACAAAUAUGUCCAGUAAAGGUUAACCCUGUAACGUACGCAACAUACAACAAAGCCAUUAGUAGAAUUGGUUAGAAUUAUAGAGAACGACCAGUUCCCCCGGUACCGCCACAAGGGAGAGGAAUUCCGCAGGAUUUACGAACCAGGCCGGAGUGGAAUGUUCGAUUCCAAGAAUCCAGGGUACACUUGCUAGCAUUCCA